CCCCCCCCCUCCCCCCGGCAUCCGGCAUUUGCACAGUUUCUUUUUCCCUUCCUUCUUGCUUGCAUUGUGUCUUGUUUUCUUUUUCGAUCCCGUGGGUGUUCUUCAGUCAAUCAACAUCAUGGCCACCCAAAACCAGCAGAAGCCCCUUCCCUUCCAGUACCAGUUCAUUGCUGGUGCCGUGGCUGGUGUGUCCGAGAUUCUUGUUAUGUACCCACUUGAUGUGGUCAAGACCCGAGUUCAACUUCAGACCGGCCCUGCCACCGCAGGAGGUGAUCACUACAAUGGCAUGUUCGACUGUCUCCGCAAGAUCGUGAAGAACGAAGGCUUCUCCCGUCUCUACCGCGGUAUCUCCGCCCCGAUUCUCAUGGAAGCGCCCAAGCGCGCCACUAAAUUCGCCGCCAACGACAGCUGGGGCAGCUUCUACCGCAACCUCUUCGGCGCCGCCGAGCAGACGCAAUCGCUCGCCAUCCUGACGGGUGCCACCGCCGGUGCGACCGAGUCCUUCGUUGUCGUGCCCUUCGAGCUGGUCAAGAUCCGUCUGCAAGACCGCGCCUCGGCCGGCAAGUACAACGGCAUGCUGGACGUGGUGCGCAAGAUUGUCGCCGCCGAGGGUCCUCUGGCUCUGUACAACGGCCUCGAGUCCACCCUGUGGCGCCACAUUCUCUGGAACUCCGGCUACUUCGGCUGUAUCUUCCAGGUGCGCGCGCAGCUGCCCGCCGCCGAGCCGGGCAACAAGGCCCAGCAGACCCGUAACGACCUGAUCGCCGGUACUAUCGGUGGUACAAUGGGUACCAUUCUCAACACCCCGAUGGACGUCGUCAAGAGCCGGAUUCAGAACACUGAUAAGAUCCCCGGUCAGGUUCCCAAGUACAACUGGGCCUGGCCCGCCGUGGGCACCGUGAUGAAGGAGGAGGGCUUCGGCGCCCUGUACAAGGGCUUCAUUCCCAAGGUGCUGCGGUUGGGUCCCGGUGGUGGUAUCCUGUUGGUCGUGUUCACGGGCGUGAUGGAUUUCUUUAGGAAGAUGCGCAACGAGUAAAAGCACGGUUCCGGUUCAUUCUUGCGUCUUUCGAUUUGUUUAUGGUUGCUUAUUAUGAUCAUCAUGAUAGAGAGAGAGAGAGAGAGAGACUUUGUAUGUGUCUGAGAAGAGCAUAAAUAUGCUAAGAAGAGGGGGGAUGAGGAUAGAAAAGAGACAGGAUGGGAUAAACCCCAACAGGGAGGGUAAACGUG